AAAAAUCCCAGCACCCUUGUGAGCACUACAAACUUUCAAAAUAUUUCAAAAUAUUAUACUUCUCACACUACAUGACAUUUUAUAUAAACUUUCAAGGGGACCUCAGAGAAAAACCUUGAGUACAUCUAUGCUACAUUUCUUUUUUUCAUAUGGAGAUAUCUUUCUUGCCUGAUCCCCAAUCUCUCUCUUUCAUUAAAUUGCACACAAAAACUACAAUAUAUUUUGUGUCUUUGUCAGGAUGGAGCCGGAGCUAUUGGCUAUAUUGCACAUUUACAUUAUAGACAGAGGUCAAGAGCUAAAGGCAGAGAGCUUUGGUGACGUGGAGAACAGAUGCAGCAUCUGUUCCCAGAGUUACAGCACGGAGACCCAGCUUCAGAGACACCUCCGUGACCAUGAGGCCAAUGACAAGCCUCACCGCUGUGACCAGUGCCCCCAGUCCUUCAAUGUGGAAUUUAACCUCAGGCUCCACAAGUCCACACAUGGCACUGCUGACCCCACAUGCCCCGUGUGUGAUAAGAAAUUCUCCAGAGUGGCCAGCCUCAAAUCCCACAUUAUGGUGCACGAGAAGGAGGAGAACUUCCUGUGCUCAGAGUGUGGUGAUGAGUUUAUCCUUCAAAGCCAGCUUUCCCUGCACCUGGAGGAACAUCGGAAAGAACUCUCCGGAACCAAAGUGUACACUUGUCGGACCUGCAGCAAAGAGUUUAAGGCAGUGAACCAGCUGAAAGAGCACAUGAAGACCCAUGUGAAGAUGAGACCCAUCAUGACCAGCACCAGAAACUACAAAAAGAACAUCGAUCGGAGUGGCUUCACAAACACCUGCCAUCACUGUGGAAAGACGUUUAAAAAACCCAGUCAGCUUGUCCGACACAUACGCAUUCACACAGGGGAGCGGCCAUUUAAAUGCACCCACUGUGGAAAAGCAUUCAACCAGAAGGUGGUGCUCCAGACACACAUGGUGCGGCACACUGGCGAGAAGCCCCACCUCUGCCUGCUCUGCCCAGCCUCCUUCUCUCAGAAAGGAAACCUGCACUCGCACAUCCAAAGAGUGCAUUCUGAGACUGCAGGGGUUCCAGUGUACCCGUGCAUGGACUGCAGUUGUGUAUAUAAGAAGCUGGGGAGUCUUAAUGCUCACAUCAGCAGGAUGCACAUAUCAGUGAUGGAGGUAGACGAGCCAGCCAGCACCCAGGAGGAGGUGGAACCAGGUCAGGUUGGGGGUGUGGUAGAGGGUCCAGAGGGUGUGACUGAUGUGAUCCAACAGCUGCUGGAACUGUCAGAACAGGUAACAGGCGACAGCACCCAGGCCCCACCCCCUGGACCUGCUAUCACCAUGGAUGCAGCCAUCAACCAGGACAUCUUGCAGCAAGCCCUGGAGAACAGUGGCGUUAGUGCCAUUCCAGUGCAGUCCGAGACCCAGUGCAGCACUGGAGCUAGGCCUGACAAUGCUGUAUCUACCCCAGCUACAGGAGGUGCUGAAAGCCUCACUCCAAAACCAUCCGGACCUGAAAAAUUGGUGAAGAAGGAGAAGAGGAGCAUUUUCAAAAAGCCUGUGCAAAUGCCAGGCACCAUUAGAGAGGAGCGAGGUGUGCGCUGGAAUGGCUGCCCCUAUUGUUCGAAAGAGUUCAAGAAGCCCAGCGACCUGGUGCGCCACAUCCGUAUUCACACACAUGAGAAACCCUACAAGUGUAAGCAUGCUUCCGAGCUUUCCGCAGUGAAGAGCACUCUGACAGCACACAUGAAGAUUCACACCGGCAUCAAGGCCUUCCAGUGCCAUUACUGCAUGAAGUGCUUCUCUACAUCAGGCAGCAUGAAAGUCCACGUGCGGCUGCACACAGGAGUGCGACCGUUCGCCUGCACUCAUUGUGAUAAGAUCUUCCGGACGUCUGGCCACAGGAAGACCCACAUCGCCUCUCAUUUCAAAAAUAUUCAGCAGAAGAAACAUAAAUACCCCCGCAAGCCCCACAGAACCCGUGUAUCUAAAAGCAGCCUGCCUCUCCCGGAUAUCCCACUACAAGAGCCAAUACUUAUCACUGACCUGGGACUGGUGCAGAAUCAGAACCCUCGAGCAACCCUGCAACAGUACUUGGAUAUUGUGGAGAAUGAUCGUCCGUACAAGUGCACAUUCUGCAACAAAGCCUAUAAGAAAUCCAGCCACCUCAAGCAGCAUGUCAGGUCUCACACUGGCGAGAGGCCAUAUAAGUGUGUGCAGUGCAGUAAGGGGUUUGCCUCGUCUGGUGUGCUGAAGGCCCAUAUCCGCACACAUUCAGGCCUCAAGGCCUACAAAUGUCUCUUGUGUGACACCACUUUCACCACCAAUGGGAGCCUGCGACGUCACAUGACCACACACAGUGACAUUCGCCCAUACAUGUGCCCUUACUGCCAGAAGACGUUCAAAUCCUCCCCCAACUGCAGAAAGCACAUGAAGACCCAUAGGUACGAGUUGGCUCAGCAGCUUCAACAGCAGCAGGGUUCAACUGAUACCCCAAAUCUGGAAGACCCCAUGGGUGGAGCCAACACUGUGGAGGACCCAAUGGGCGGAACAAGCACAGUAGACGACCCAAUGGGCAGGGCCAGCACGGUAGCCCAUGACUUACAGGUGGAGAUGCAGGUUGGGGCUUCAGGGUUGAACCAGUCACCAUCUGCCAUGGCAGGAGAGCCUCAGACCAUGCUGCAGGUGGUGGGUGGCAACCAGCAAGUGGUGCUGCACUCACAGCUUGGAGAGGGCACGCUUGUGCAGGAUGCAGACACAUUUGUGAGCACACAGCAUAUUAGCCAAUACGAACCAUCCACACUUCCCCAGCCAGCAUAUGACCAGCCAGCCCUGACACAAGGUUUCUCUAUCUCUGAAGGUUUUAGCCAGCAACCUCCACUCUCCACUGUACAGCAGCUGCAAGAUUCCAGCACACUGGAGUCUCAAGCUCUCACCUCCACCUACCACCCUCAAGCCUUAUUGCAUGUACCCAAUGCAGAGGUGACAUCUGGUUUACUGCAGGAGCCUGGGCAGGCGGAGCUGCAGUUAAGCAGACAGGCAGAGGAGUACCAGGAUGAGGAGAGCAGCAGGAGAACGCACAGGUGCAACAUGUGUGAUAAGGGCUUCAAAAAAUCCAGCCACCUGAAGCAACAUGUUCGUUCUCACACUGGUGAGAAGCCGUACAGGUGUAACCUGUGUGGGCGGAGCUUUGUAUCAGCAGGAGUGCUCAAAUCCCACCUGAACACACACACAGGAGUGAAAGCAUUUAAGUGUAAUGUAUGCGACUCCUCGUUCACCACUAAUGGUAGUCUGAAUCGGCACAUGAUCAUCCACCUGAACACAAAGCCAUUCAAGUGCUCUCUGUGUGAAGAGAGCUUCCGUACACACCUGCUGCGCAGGAAACACAUGAAGCUUUUCCACUCUAUUGGCCCCAGAGUGCUGGAUGGGGAAGAGGUUGGAGAGGAUGAUGGCAGUACGGAGCAGUCCAUGAUGAAGAGGUGCCGAGCAGGCAUCAUUACCUUCACAGAGGAGCAGACAGCUGAGCUGGCUAAGAGAGAGCCUGCAGACAUCGCCUCCAUCUCUGAGAGGGUUCUGGUCCAGUCUGCGGCCGAGCGGGACCGCAUUAGCGAGAUGAAGGACAAGUCUGUGGUGCUGGACCAGGAGCCCAAGUUUGCCAACCGCUGUCAAUACUGCCCGAAGAGCUUCAAGAAGCCAAGUGAUCUAGUCAGACACAUCCGCAUCCACACAGGGGAGAAGCCGUAUAAGUGUGAGGAGUGUGGGAAGAGUUUCACAGUCAAGUCCACCCUGGACUGCCAUGUCAAGACCCAUUCAGGUCAAAAACUGUUCAAUUGUCACAUGUGCAACACAUCCUUCUCCACGAAGGGCAGUCUGAAGGUGCACAUGCGUCUACACACGGGCUCCAAGCCCUUCAAGUGUCCAUACUGUGAGCUGCGCUUCCGCACCUCUGGCCACCGCAAGACCCACAUCCAGUGCCACCUGCGCCAGGGGUCUGACAUCAGGAAGGGCAGGCGCGGGGCCGGGGCCGAGAGGGCUGCAGGUUCAGCCGUUCAGAGCCAGACCACCACAGGGCAGCAGACCCCCACUGCUGCAGAGACUCUUCCCCCAGUAGGACUCCUGCAUGCUGGCUCCACAGACUCCAGCAUCUACAUCCCCACCAACCCAGUCCUCACAGGCCAGUAUGAACAGAGCCUUCUUCAGCAGGGACUCGUUGGACAGACCAUUUUACCUGCUACCAUGUCAGGGGCUGAUCUGACGGUCUCCCUGUCUGAGGGUCUGGCUACCCUGGAGGGGAUUCAGCUUCAGCUUGCCCCAGCCAGCAUUCUCUGCCCCAAUGUGCAGAUCUCAGGCAUCGACACCACCAACAUCAAUAACAUCACCCUGCAGAUUGACUCCAGUAUUCUGCAGCAGACUCUGCAGCAGAGUGGCUUGCUGGCCCACUCUCUAAGUGGAGAGCCUGCCCCUCCCCAGCACUCCACACACCUGCUUGCAGCAACAGGUGAUGCGUCAGUCCCAGCCAAUGUGGUGAUCCAGCCAAUAAGCAGCCUCCCUCUACAGAACUCCUCCUCUUCCGCCAGCGUUACUAUUGGCAACCUCACAGAGCAGGACAAUGCAGGCGCUGAGCAGUUGGCACAGGUGGUGGAAGCCCCAGGACUGGUGGGUGGCAGUUCAGGGGCCCCAGAGAUUACCCUCACCAUCAGCAACUCCACUCUCACCCAAGCUCUCUCUCAUUCACACACACACACGGCUGCAGUGCCGGCAAAUAACAGCCAGGAGAUCACCCUCACUAUAUCAGGUCAGGAUAUAUUGGCACAACCCUGUGCAGGUGCAGGAGUGGAGGUGGGUGGGACAUUGAGACUGGCCACACCCCACCCCAGCAACAGUAGCUCUCUGACUCUCAGCUCUGAACAGCUCCUUCCACACAACUCUGCCACCACAGGCAUGACAGUUACCACACUGGCUCCCAGCACCUCUCUCUCCCAAAAUCUUGUGAUGUCCUCAGCGGGCAUGGCCAGUGAUGGCAGUGUUACACUCACUCUGGCAGACACACAGAUGCUGGAUACAGUCACACUGAACCUGGAUACACAGGGUCAGCAGUUCCAAGCUGUGGGGGGAGAACAGGGGUCCUCAGUGCAGCCAGCCAGCAGCACCCAGCAGGUCAUACUGGUGAGCCAGUCGACAGAAAACACUGAAGGCCUGAAGAUGGUGGAAGUGAAGGACUCUGAUGUGGAGGUGCAGCAGGUGAACCAGUGUUUCUACUGCAGUGAGACUCUCCCCUCCCCCACUGCCCUACGCCGCCACUGCAGACUGGCUCAUGGGAAGGAACGCUGUCACGUGUGCCACGUGUGCAGCAAGGCCUUCAAACGCGCCACACACUUGAAGGAGCAUGAGUUUGUCCAUCUGAAUGGUCCCACUCUGAGUUCCCAGAAGCCUCGUGUAUUUAAGUGUUCCAGUUGUGACAAAGCCUUUUCCAAACCCAGCCAACUGAAGAGACAUACACGCACACACACAGGCGAACGUCCCUUCAAGUGUCUGCAGUGUGACAAAGCAUUCAACCAGAAGAGUGCCCUACAAGUCCACACGGUCAAACACACGGGUGAGAAGCCCUACAAGUGUGAAGUAUGUGGCCUCAACUUCACACAGAAAAGCAACAUGAAAUUGCACAUGAAGCGCUCUCAUGGCUAUGGUAAGCAAAUGGGGGUGGAGCGAGAGGUGGUGCCAGAUGAGGAACACGUCUCCACGGCAGCCCAGGACCCCGCACACACCGAGGAGGCUCCAGCAGGGCUGGAGCUGGACUCAACAGCAGCACAGGAGCCAGCUGGAGACUGGCAGUGCUCUAUCCCCACUGUCUUCCCCUAAAACCUACAUCCUGAUCCUCUACAACUAUCCCUGCACACUAAUCCCCUAUGCCCUGCACACACUCCUUACAUCCUUAUUCGUCCCCCAACACCUGUAGAUUUAUUGCCAAAACUAGAGCCCUACUGUCUCAUUCCCUGCCUCGUCCUCCUCGAAAUGGUCCACUCAUCCCCUCCACUGAUUGGCUAGCUCACUGCUGCUCUUGGCUGUCUGUUGAGCUCCAGAUCUGCAUGGUUACAGCGUCACACACUCACAGUCAGCCAGCACAUCACUCACCUUCCAUUUAUGAACUGCCUUUUAUUCGUCAUUGUCAUUCCCCCAUAUACCAAGCUGACCUGUCCCUGCAUCACAGGACACUAUCUCUUCCCUGAGUAAUCAGAGCACUCGCCAUACUUGUUUGGCUUGCUAUGUGAACUAGAAAAUUUAAGUGUUAACAUCAGGAGUGGGUUCCUUUACAAAAGAGUAGAAAAGAAUUUGAUAUUGAGUUAAUGUUGUAUAAAGCUUUUUUAACCAGUGAACUCUUGAAUGUAUAUAGUUUUAUAGAUGAGAGCCCUCCUAUAAGCAGGGCUGCUGUUUAUGGGUUUGCGGAAUCUCUUGCACUGGGUCUUUCUGUAAAUAUGCCUGGUUUCAAUGAUUGCUUUGUUAGUGAAGCUGUAUGCUUCACUAACUGAAGCUGUAUACUUUGUGGCAGACUUAUUUUGUAAUGUUCAGAGGUAUUUAAGAAUAAAUCUGGUUCUUUUUUAAAUGAUUUGUACGUUUUGUUUGACUGGUUUGAGAUUUCAUUACCACAUUAUACAUUGCUUAGAAAGGAACAGAAGUCUUGUUAUUAAUUGUUAAGUGAAUGCAAAAUAUUAAAUUAAACCCCCACUUUAUUUGGAAAUUGGAGGCGUGCAUACAUUUCCUAGAGUGAUAUACAGCACAAAGGCUGAGAGAAAAUCUAUUCAAUGACAUAACCGCCCCCAAAUACACACAUGCAUUGACUUAGCACCUCAAGCACCUUCAAGUGUGUGUCCAUCAGGUUGAAGGUUUCUGCUGAAGAAUUUCAGUUCUGAAUGGUGAUGUUUUCAUUUUAUUACCUUGUUCUACUUUGUCUGUUAACACACAGAUUCAGUCAAAUGAAAAAAAGCCGCAAUAGACACUGCUCCUUUUUGCAUUUUUAAUGAUUCCCAUCAUUUGAUUAGCAGGCUUACUGACAAACACGAAAACCUCUAUGGCUUUGCAUAUGCUAGCUGUAUAGACUUUCUGUUUGAGUUUGUACAGGGUUUAUUCUGUUCUAUAAGCUGAAAUGAGGCUAUUAAAAGAAGCAGGGCUUAGAGGUCUGAGGCAGGUAGAAAAAAAUCAAGGUUCAGGAGUCUGAGGCAGGUUUCAAGGCAGGUAAAGAGGCAUGGUUUGAGGCAGGUAAAAGAGGGUCCAGGAGUUUCAGGCAGGGUGUAACAGUUUGAGGCAGGG